AUGGCUGAAGUUGCAACACCUCUCCAGGCAUCUGAAAUGCAACUUCAGGUUCAGGAAACUCCCGACGUUGUGUCCACUACUUCGGAGAGCUCUCAAUCUACUCGAAGCGACCCGCAAAAGUGGUCAAUCGAUGAUUUCGAUAUUGGGCGACCUCUUGGCAAAGGGAAAUUUGGUAACGUCUAUCUCGCUCGUUACAAUCCAGAACGCGUCGUCGUUGCACUGAAGGUCCUUUUCAAAGACAAAAUCCAGAAAUAUAAUGUACAGCACCAAGUAAAACGGGAAAUCGAAAUACAAUAUCAUUUACUGCAUCCUAACAUUCUUCGACUGAAGGGCUACUUUCAUGAUCGGCAACGGGUGUACAUUAUUCUGGAGUAUGCCGACGGAGGAGAAUUGUAUUCGCGCUUGAAGAAGAAGGGCAAAUUAGAGGAGCCGAAGGCAGCA